CCUUGAAUACAGAUCACUUGAUCGCAAUUAGAAGACGCAGCAACAUACUGUCAUUUCUGAAUCGUUUGUCGACGAAAUGGAAAUGAAUUUUCUCCCCAUUAUAUUGGUUCUAUUGGCUCUAGCAAUAAGUAGCCAUGCUACAGUUGGACCCAGAUUUUGCCCCAAAUUGGACAAGACCACAAGGAUCGGAGACACUUUAAUUGCAACUCAGAAUGAAAACAGGGCAUGUGACUGUUACAAGGCAUGUGAAGACAUGGGGGCUGCAUGUCAGAUGUGGGACUUUAAAAAACAAGGACGUAUCUGUAAAAUGUACAGUGAUAUUAAAACCUUGACAUUCAACGGUAAACAUGCAUCUGGUGUUAAGACUGACACUUGUCCACGUCUUGACAGGAGUGAUAGACCUGACGGUGAUAUGGGCAUAGAGGACAACUUUGAUGAGCCAUGUGAAUGCUAUAAUUUCUGUGUGGCUACAAAUGGAUGUCUUGCCUGGGCAUGGAAUAAGAAGACUAUGGUGUGCACACUGAAAAACGUAGUGAAUUCAGUAGUAAAACCAGACAACACUUACGUGUCUGGCGUCCUGUAAUCAUCUUUCAUUUUUAUCUAAUGCAGAUAUGAAUUUUAAUAAAAACUACUACGAUUCCAAAGUUGAAUAUAUUGCAUGUGGUGAAAGGCAAAUAAAUAAAAAAAACUGA